GAACCCCCUCAUUUGCACGGUGUUGCAUUCAGCCGCUCUGGGGCUCUUUCUCCCUGGCUUACUGGCCGCUGUGCGGCGCGGGAAGGAAGGAGGGCUUGGAAGGACAAUGCAUGUAAGUCUUUGACAUGAUGUCCAUCCGGCAAAGAAAAGCAAUAAGAACCACAGACGUCUGUGAGGACGCUCCGGCACAAGAAGAGAAUGUGAAGUCGGAAAGUAAACUGCCAUCUGGUUGUACCAGUAGAAGAUUAUGGAAGAUUCUGUCGUUUACAAUUGGUGGGACCAUUGCCCUUUUCGUUGGACUGCUUACAUCUGUCUACCUUGCCACUUUACAUGAAAAUGAUUUAUGGUUUUCUAACAUUAAGGAAGUGGAGCGAGAAAUCUCCUUCAGAACCGAAUGUGGACUGUACUAUUCCUACUACAAGCAAAUGUUGGAGGCACCAACUCUCAAGCAAGGUUUACAUGGCUUAAUAUACGAUAAUAAAACUGAAUCAAUGAGGACAAUUAACCUCCUUGAACGAAUGAAUAUUUACCAAGAAGUUUUUCUCAGUAUUUUAUAUAGAAUCCUACCCAUACAGAAGUAUUUAGAGCCGAUUUAUUUUUAUAUUUAUACCUUAUUUGGGCUCCAGGCAAUCUAUGUGACAGCCCUUUAUGCAACCAGCUGGCUCCUUAGUGGCACCUGGCUCUCGGGGCUGUUAGCAGCUUUCUGGUAUGUUACGAACAGAAUAGAUACCACAAGAGUGGAAUUCACCGUUCCAUUGAGGGAAAACUGGGCACUGCCAUUCUUUGCAAUUCAGAUAGCAGCAAUUACAUAUUUCUUGAAACCAAAAUUACAGCCUUUUUCUGAAAGGCUGACACUUCUUGCCAUCUUCAUUUCAACUCUUCUCUUUAGUCUGACAUGGCAGUUUAAUCAGUUUGUGAUGCUGAUGCAAGCAUUGGUACUGUUCACACUGGACUCCUUGGACAUGCUGCCCGCACUGAAGGUGACGUGGCUGUAUGUUAUACAGAUUGCAAGUUUAUUCCUGGUCUGCAUUCUUCAGUUUUUUAAUUCCAUGAUUCUUGGAUCACUGCUUAUAAGUUUUAACUUUUCAGUAUUAAUUGUGAGAAAAAUUCAGACAAAUAUGAAAACUGGAAGCUUCUUUAAUAGGCUUGGGAAACUUUUGUUACAUUUAUUCAUGGUUUUAUGUUUGACCCUUUUUCUCAACAAUGUUAUUAAGAAAACUCUUAACCUGAAGUCAGAUGAACACAUAUUUAAAUUUCUGAAGGCGAAAUUUGGGUUUGGCGCAACAAGAGACUUUGAUGCAAACCUAUACCUGUGUGAAGAAGCUUUUGGUCUCCUCCCUCUUAAUACGUUUGAAAGACUCUCAGAUACUCUCCUUUUUUAUGCCUACAUAUUCGUUCUGUCCAUCACAGUGAUUGCAGCUAUAGCUGUUGCCUUUCAUAAUCUCAGUGUUUCAGCAAAUCAACAUCCCAUGGAUAAAGUGAGAAAAUGCGCAGUUGAACUAAAACCAGAAACUGCCUAUAACUUAAUGCAUACUAUUCUAUUUGGAUUCCUGGCAUUGAGUACAAUGAGGAUGAAAUACCUCUGGACAUCACACAUGUGUGUUUUUGCCUCAUUUGGCUUAUGCAGCCCUGAAAUAUGGGAGUUACUUCUGAAAUUGGUCCAUCUAUGUAACUCAAAGAGGAUAUGUGUGAUUCGAUAUUCAGUGCCCAUAUUAAUACUGCUGUAUCUUGGCUGUAAGGUCUGGCCAGGAAUGAUGGCUGAGCUCUCCGAGUUGAGAGAAUUCUAUGAUCCAGACACAGUGGAGCUGAUGCACUGGAUUAACUCGCACACGCCGAGGAAGGCUGUGUUUGCUGGAAGCAUGCAGCUGCUGGCUGGAGUCAAGCUGUGCACGGGGAGGAUCCUGACCAACCACCCUCACUACGAAGACAAAAGCCUGAGGGAGCGAACCAAAGCGGUUUAUCAGAUUUAUGCCAAGAGGUCCCCAGAGGAUGUACAUGCGCUGCUCAGGUCCUUUGGCACCGACUACGUCAUCCUGGAGGACAGCAUCUGCUACGAGCGUAGGCACCGCCGGGGCUGCCGACUGAGGGACCUGCUGGACGUCGCCAAUGGACAUAUGAUGGACGGCCCAGGGGAGAACGAGCCUGAUCUGAAGGCUGCGGACCACCCUCGCUUCUGCGCAGAGAUCAAGAGAAGCCUGCCCCCGUACACGGCGCACUUCACCAGAGUGUUCCAGAACAAGACGUUCCACGUUUACAAGCUCACCCGAAACAAGUAGCACAGCGUCCUCCUCAAUCCCUAUUUUUGAUACAGCGAAACUCAGUUGAUCAUUUCUUAUGUAAUUAGGUACCCUGCACCCUAAAGCUGUGAUGAGUAAGUUCUACAGAUGUUUACACAAGUGUUAGCCAUCUUUGGAAGCAUCUUACACAAGUCCAAACUCUUUUCAUCUUGUCUCUUUUCCAUUAAUGUUCUUCAGCAUAAAUGUUUCUCAGCAUGGCCUAGCAUUUUGUUGGGGAGAUCAACCUGUGUUCACUGGUAGCCUGAACGGUCACCCACUCUUCUGGGAAUUGUGAGCCUGUUCAGGAUUUGAAAUACAUGUAGCCUUCAGCUGUCUUGAGACAGUUCUGGUUGGAUUGAAUUGAGGGUGUGUGUGAUUAAGUUAUUUGCUUUUAUUUCACUUGUGAAGACCAAUCAUUCAUUAGCUUUUUAAAGAGCUCUUUAGUGUUUCGUAUCCUGUAUUUUGGAGAUUUUUGGUUUGUUUUUAUUUUUAUUGUUUUCAAUUUUCAUUAGGAAAAAAAUCAUGUUAGGCCUUUGUAUGUAUAUGAAACUUUUUGGUUGAACUGUGUCUGAAUUGUAGUGUGUAGUAGGAUUUCAGUAAUAUGUAUAAUGUACUGUGUGUGUGUGUGUGUGUGUGUGUGUGUGUGUGUGUGUGUGUGUGUGUUUUGAUGCGGAAAAGCAUUGCCAACAAGUGUUCCAGGUCCAUAUUGUCUGUAGCCAGUAGAACUUGGGUUCUGACUUUAAAACCUGCUGGUAACUAUUUAACCCCGCCUUCAUAUAAGAGAGCUUUGCUUUACUUCUUACUCAUUUAAAUGGACUGAGUUUGCAAAAUUUUGUAAACUGUUUGUGUUUUUAGCCUUUGUAUUUUUUUACAGCUUACAACCUUGCAAAGUGAAUAUUUUUAAAACGCUGGGGCUUAACAAAUUUGCUGCUGUGGUAUUUUUAGCAGACAGCAUUUUCAGACCGGGUGGGCUUUGUGUCUCCAGUCUGCUGUGAGGUCCUGCUAGUGCGACUUUUCCUGACUCAAAAGUGCCUCCGAGUCCUGCCUACGAAGAAGCAAAUUGAGGGUACCUGCCCCCCAAAGUUCUGAUGAUUGCUUUUCGAAUUAAGUUUUCCUGGUGGGGGCUUGUCGAAGUUGCUGAUAAAAGCAUAUCAUGCAUUGACUUCAAUCGAGAUGGCAAGCGCGAUGAACUUCCGCCCUUGUUCUUGCAGAUGUAAAUGCUUCUCCUUGCCAUUGAGUGAAGCCAGGUAACACGUGCAGCAAGGUGGAUAGUGCACGUGCAAAUCGUUUUAUAUCCAGUUAGUACUUCCUAAGCAGCUGUCAAAACGUUUUCUACACUGUCAUUUUGAACACAAGGAUAUUUGGCUUUUAUCAAAAUUUAUUUAAAUAAGAAAUCGACAGUAGCUACAUUAUGAAAUUAUGCAGCUGAAACGACUGAAUUACAUGUUCCUUAUAUUCCUUAAGAAGAUGGGCGACCACUGCAGUUUUGGAUGACACAGAAAUAAGGCAUUUUAAUCAGUCUAACAACUCUUAAGUAAGCCAGUAACGAUGCAUGCCUGUUGCAGCUGACAGCAUGGGUCAGAGCAUCCUCCGAGUGCCUUUCUCUAGUUGACACAAGCACAUGUAAGGUACAAGUGCGUCCACCAGUGUGGCUGCGUUUUAAAAUUCUCUGUUACCUUUUCAGAUACAUUGAACUUUGGUUUGAAUAUUCCUGUAUGUGUUAGUCUAAGCACUUUGGGUAUUUGAAAUCUUGAUCACAUGAAAAUGUACUUAAAUUUUUUGAUGGCAUACGGUGAUUUUUUUUCUUUUAAAUUGUGGUCAUUCAGUGAUGCUGCCCCCACUACCCCAACCCCCCACCCUUCCACCCAGUGGGUGCCAUUGUUUGGGUACCAUUGUCUCCAAAGCUUGUAGUCUUUAGUAAAAGGUAUAAAGUGCCAAAAAGAUCUUGUAAGACAAAAUCCAUAUCCUCUUUCCAAGACACUGUGAACAUGUACAGUCCAGGCUGUUUCCUGAUGACCAGAUCUCUCAGGAAACCCAUGCGAGACGCUGAGUGCUCCUCGGCCGUCUCUGAGGACCCUGCCAUCAGCAGACACAGAAUCAAGGAGAAACCUUCUGAAGCCCGGCUCCGGUUUCCAGCCCCUGUACCAAGAGAAUUUCCGCUUGCAUCUGGUGCACACUCCCCUUUGCAACUGUGUUCACAUUUGGCAGUUGCCGCAGAUUAAGGCUCUAGUUUUGGUGGUUAGCAAAGCCCCUGGAUUGUGUUCAGAUUCAGCUGUCAGAACCUCUGAGUCCAAGCAAAGCGCUCUCACCUGCUGAACGCAGCAGAUGACCGGGGGUGCUCCGCCUGCUGGGAGCCCACACCCUGCCCUUCUCAGGUGCUCUCGCGCCCUCACCCUUGGUUGAGCCAUGUGCCAAAACCAGCAUGCUCAAUACUGAACAUUGCAAGCACACAAUUGAAAUACAGAUUUGCUUAAACCAGGGAAUUUGGGAGCCCUGGUAGUGGUUACGAGUUGUAUUGCUAACUACAAGGUCAGUAGUUCAAAGCCACCAGCCGCU